GGCGUUUGAGCUCACUGUGGUAUUCUGCCGCGCAGUUUCGAAUUUCUUGUUCCACAGCUGUACAAAUGGCAUUAAGGCGUAUAUCUAAAGAGCUAAAGGACUUACGUCUUGAUCCUCCAACCCAGUGUUCAGCUGGACCUAUUAAAGAUGAUCUGUUUGCCUGGCAAGCCACUAUUAUGGGACCUGCUGAUAGUCCAUAUGAAGGUGGGAUAUUCUUCCUGGAAAUACAGUUUCCCACAGACUACCCUUUCAAACCCCCUAAGAUCAGUUUCAUGACGAAAAUAUAUCAUCCGAAUAUAAAUCUCAGUGGUCAUAUAUGUUUAGAUAUCCUCCGUGGACAAUGGUCUCCUGCCCUCACAAUAUCGAAAGUUCUACUCUCAAUUUGCUCACUAUUGACGGACCCCAAUCCAGAUGAUCCUCUAUGCCCAGAUGUCGCACGUCAGUACAAAACAGAUCGUAAGAAAUAUGAUGAGUUAGCUCGAGAGUGGACACAGAAAUAUGCUAUGGGACCUUAAUGCAGUCAAUACACAAAACAUUUCGAUAGACAUAUUUUCUCCUUUCUUCUUGUACUCAUUGAUGACGUACGUGUUACAUUUAAUGUCGGUCGAUUUUUUUCAGCCCUCGAGUAACCUUACUUUCUUAUUCUAUUCUUACUGGUUUGUCAGUUGUGCGUUUGUGAAAAUGCUCUUAAGGUUGUCACGAGUAUUUCUUCUUUUUUUUCGAACAAGACUUGUGCCGUAUUUAGUGACAGUUGGCGGUACAGGUUGGUUCACUCAGACGUUUUCAUUUUUUAAAUAUUUAAUUGUAUCAAUUCACUUUACGAGAAACUCAUUACUUGAGCAAUUGCUGCUCGUGAUACUCAUCAUCUAAUCUCAGAAUCUAGUAAUCUGUUUAUAUUUGACCAAAGCUAUUAAAACUUGUGUUUAUUCAAGAGAUUGCUUUAAGGAAGAGUGAUUUCAUGUUGGGAACAAGAUUGCAUCAAUGAGAGUAUCGGAUUUUAUGGCAGU